AUGGAACCGGACGACUUUGAUCCUGAAGACAAAGAGAUACUGAGCUGGGAUAUUAACGACAUGAAGCUGCCUCAGAACGUGAAGAAAACCGACUGGUUCCAGGAGUGGCCGGACUCGUAUGUGAAACACAUCUACAGCUCGGAGGACAGGAACGCGCAGCGCCACCUGAGCAGCUGGGCCAUGCGCAACACCAACAACCACAACUCGCGCAUCCUCAAGAAAUCGUGCCUGGGCGUGGUCGUGUGCAGCCGGGACUGUUCGACCGAGGAGGGCCGCAAGAUCUACCUGAGGCCCGCCAUCUGUGACAAAGCCAGGCAGAAGCAGCAGAGGAAGUGUUGUCCCAACUGCAAUGGGCCGCUGAAGCUCAUUCCCUGCCGAGGCCAUGGGGGCUUCCCGGUCACCAACUUCUGGAGGCACGACGGGCGCUUCAUAUUUUUCCAGUCAAAAGGAGAGCAUGAUCAUCCCAAGCCAGAAACCAAGCUAGAAGCAGAGGCAAGAAGAGCAAUGAAGAAAGUGCACAUGGCGUCUGCCUCCAGCUCCUUACGGAUGAAGGCGAAUCCAGAAACAAAGGCUCUUCCAGGUGAAAUACCGAGUCAGGGGAGUUUACCUUUAACUUGGUCAUUCCAGGAAGGCGUCCAACUGCCCAGCAGUUACAGCGCACCUUUAAUAGCUAACGCCCCCCAGCAGAACUCCCUGAAUGAUUGUCUAUCCUUCCCCAAGAGUUACGAUUUGGGGGGAACCACUGAGCUGGAAGAUCCGGCUUCCACCCUGGACUCCGCUAAGCUCUAUGAGAAAUGCAAAUUCCCCAGCAGCAGGAUGUACGGCGGCGGCGGCGGCGGCGGCGAAGAGCAGUUUCAGCCUCCUGUCCCUGGGAUGUAUGCAGAUUAUGACGAUCUGCAGGCCUGGAAUAAGAACGCUGCCCUGGGGAGGAAUCCUAACGAUGACGCCUACUACCCCAGCUAUCCUGCUCUGCCCGUGACCAACUGGCCCUGUGACUUCUUUCCCUCCCAGAAUGCUUUGGAGCACUUCCCCCAGCAGAUUCCCCUGGAACCACCUGCGGCCCAGCCCGGCUUCCAUCCCUUGUGGUCCAAUCCAGGUGGCGAACCCUACGAAGAGAAAGUGCCCAUGGAUUUCAACAGCUACGUCCCUUCCCUCACAUACCACUCACCGCAGCAGGACCCCUUUCUGCUCUCCUACGGCUCGCAUCCACAGCAGCAAUACUCACUGCCCGGAAAGUGGGAUUUCGAUGAAGAGAUGGUACACACGGGCUUGGAGCACUUCAACAAUGAAAUGCUCCUCAACUUCUGUCCUUUGAGGUGA